AUUAAUUCAUUAAAAUAUAAAUGAAAAGUGUAAAUUUACACAAACAGCUGAGUAAGCAAAGAAUAGUGCUAUCCUUGUCUCCAAAAUCUGACAGACAUUCUUCCCCGAAAUCUCAGAACAAUCGAUUUAAAAAAGAUUUAUGGUGUGAUCGAAAGGUUGUUUCGACUAAACUUGGUAAAAAUCAGAAAGUUCCAAAUGAGGGUAUUACAAAAAGACUUAGAGAGAUCAUUCUCAAGCUUAGGAAGAAUGACAAAAUGAAGCAAGGAAGAAUUAAAGACAAAAACUCCCAGUUCUACCCCAUAAAGAGUGCGGUAAAGGUCAUCCCUGAUGAUCUUGUUGGGAUAAAGACUCUAAGCUCUAGAAAUUCCAAAGGCUCCAGUGAAUCUCGGCCAUGGUUUACUAAGACAUCUAAAACUAUUAAGGAAGAGAAAUAAUUUAUGAAAGCAGAUUGAGAAUGAGAUAGUUAAAUAAUGAGUAUGACGAGAUGCAGAGAAAGGUAAAACAAGAGACUAGGGAUAAGCUCGACCAAAAGGUCAAACUUCAUCUGCAAAACCCAGAUGAAUAUAAGUAAAUUAUAAUGAGAUAUCAUAGGCUAUUUGAUGAAAACCACUCCUUCAGCAAGAUCAAGAUUAGAAGUGUUGACGAUAUCACAACUGAGUCGAUCUGUAAAUAAACUUAAUUUUGACCUCAGCAUAAAGGACAAUUAUUUUAAGAAAUAUUUUGAGAUAAAUAAUAUUGGAAACAAAGAAAAGUAUAGUGAGAAAAGAGAAAUAGGAGGGCUGAUAAAGAAGAUUCGUGGAAGAAGAGAGACAAAGAAAAUUAAUAUUUCAAAAGCUUUGAAACUUUAUUUGUCACCAAAACCAAAAAGAUCACGAGCUAGGUUGCUUUCUUUAUGCCAAGCAUCCAGAUCAGUGAAGCCAAAGCUCAACUUCCAGAAACCAAAUUCAUAAAAUCCAAAAAGCAGUGCAUAUAAAUCCUAUCAUACUACACUCUCAAUUAAUCUUACCCACGCUAUUCAAUUAUCCAAAUG